CCUCCGCUCCACCCCGCCGCCGCCUCGCCGCCGCGCCUCGGGCCCCCACCGCCCCGAAGCAGCGCGCGCCCUCCCUGGGGCGGAGGUCCUGGGAGCCGGCCGGGCGGGGCGCUGCGGCGGGGGCGGCGCUCGGUGGGCGCGGCGGAGCCAGCCGGGCGGGGGUGCAGCGCACCUGGCUCACAGCCCCUCCCCGCGCGGCCCGGCCCCCGCCUGCCCCGAACGCCUCCAGCCCCCGCCUGGAGGCCCGCGGCUGUCCUCCGCUGGCGCGCGUGGGCGGACGAUGGGUCAGCGCGAAAAAAGUGAAUGAGGACGGCGGCCGCAGCGAGCGCCUGACUCGGCCCGGCCCGCCGGCUCCAUGGACGCGCCGUGCGCCUCGGCGGCCAAGCCCCCCACUGGGAGGAAGAUGAAGGCCCGUGCGCCCCCGCCCCCCGGGAAGCCGGCCACCCCGACGGCGCAGAGGGGACAGAGCCCCCAUCGCAGCGCGUCCCCCGCCCGCCCCCAGAACCUGCUGCACCUGCAGGAGAGCCUGCGCGACAGGGCGCUGGACCUGACCGUGGUGCUGCCCAGCGGGCUGGAGAAGAGGAGCGUGGUCAGCGGGAGCCACGCCAUGAUGGACCUCCUGGUGGAGCUGUGCCUGCAGAACCACCUGAACCCAUCCCACCACGCCCUCGAGAUCUGGGCUCCGGACUCCCAGCAGCCGUUGAGCUUCAAGCCAAACACGUUGGUGGGGACCCUGAAUGUGCACACCGUGUUCCUGAAGGAGAAGGUGCCUGAAGAGAAGGCGAAGCCCGGCCCGCCCAAGAUGCCCGAGAAGUCCGUGCGCCUGGUCGUGAACUACCUGCGGACGCAGAAGGCCGUGGUGCGCGUGAGCCCCGAGGUGCCGCUGCUCAGCAUCCUCCCCGUCAUCUGCGCCAAGUGCGACGUGCGCCCGGAGCACGUGGUGCUGCUCAGGGACAACGUGGCCGGGGAGGAGCUGGAGCUCUCCAAGUCCCUGAGCGAGCUGGGCAUCAAGGAGCUCUACGCCUGGGACAACAAGAGAGAACCCUUCAGGAAAGCGUCCCUUGGCAACGACGAGACAGAUAAGGAGAAGAAAAAGUUCCUCGGAUUCUUCAAAGUCAGUAAAAGGAGCCACAGCAACAAGGCGGAGCCCCCCGGGCUGGCGGGAGCCGACAGCGACGAGGACACCUCGCGGCCGGCGCCGGGCCGGGGCUCGAACGGCUGUCUGACCACGCCCAGCUCCCCGUCCGUGAACUCCCGCUCCGUCACGCUGGGCCCGUCCCUGUCGCUGAGCAACAUCUCGGGCGUGUCCGUCCGGUCGGACCUGAAGAAGCGCCGGGCCCCACCCCCUCCGGCCUCGCCCGGGGCGGCGCCGCCGGCGCAGGACAAGGCCUCGGAGAAGAUGUCGCUGGGGUCGCAGAUGGACCUGCAGAAGAAGAAGAGGCGGGCACCGGCGCCGCCGCCGCCCAGCCCCCUGGUGCCCCCGCGCACCGAGGGCCGAGAGGAGAACCGGAAGAGCACGACGGGUGUUGGACGGCAGGUGCCACAAAAGCCGCCCCGAGGCACUGCUCGGGGGCCCCCCCAGUUAGUGCUGCCCCCGCCCCCGCCCUACCCUCCUCCCGACACAGACGCGGCAGAGCCUCUCGGCCUCCCCGGGGAAGGCGCUGCUCCCGAGGCCUGCGAGCUGAGACCCACACUGAGCCUCCCCCUGGGGCCCGGCGGGCCCGGCGCCGUGGACAGGGUCCCGCCGGCCACCCCGGACGCCGAGGAGACGGUGUCGGUCGGCAGCUGCUUCGCCUCGGAGGACACGACGGAGGACUCGGGCGUGGUGAGCUCCCCCUCCGACAUCGCCUCGCUGGACUCCCAGCACGACAGCGCCAAGUCCAGAGAGAAGUGGGCCACCGACCAGGAGGACGGCAGCGACCAGGACCUGGCCGGGCCCCCCGAACCGGGCGCUGCGAAGAGCCCCACGUGGGAGAGGAAUGGCGCCGGGCCCUGGCAUUCGGGCACCGAGAACGCUGCUGCAGCCUCUGAUGAUGACAGAGACCUGCUCGUCGCCGCCAGGCGGCUGGAGCCGGCCCAGGCGGACCUGGACGAGGACCCAGAAGACGGGGAGGAGAACUACGAGACGGACACCAGCUCUCUCGCCGGCUCCGUGGACGGCACGUCCGGGCGUGGCACGCAGGACGCCGUGGGCCCCGACGCCGACCCCGACGCCAUCCCGGUGACCUUCAUCGGGGAGGUGGACGACCCUGUGGAGUCGGGGCUGUUUUCCAACAGGAACAACAACGCUGGGUCUUUCGACCGGGGGCGUGCAGCCGGCGGGCCGGCCCACCUGCCGCCGGCCCCAGCGGGGCCCCAGGAGCAGCGUGGGCAGCAGGGGGCGGGCGGGUCCGGUGCGGCUGCUCCUCCCCGAGACGCCGGGAGGGACGCCCGAGCGGCCUGGGCCGACACCUGCAGAGACUCACAUCCCGUCAAAGCGGAGCCCAGGGUGACUUCCCAGCUCCGCCAGCGCGCCCCCAGUGCGCAGGAGACCAUUGGGGAGCCCGGCUCUGCUCUCCGUGGGGGGGGACGGACCACCGAGGCCCUGAGCGCUCCUCCACGGAAGGAGAAGCACAGUGACGAGGAGAAGGACAUCUCGGUGCCUCCGUCGUGGUGUCAGCGAGGCCAGAACCCAGGGGGCAGUUUUGGAUUUAAAUACGGCCUCACAACGUAUAAAAUCGUCCCCCCGAAGUCCGAGAGGAGGUGCUAUGACAGGGGCGUGUCGCUCUCCACGGGCGCCAUCAAGAUCGACGAGCUAGGGAACCUGGUGACCCCCCACGUGAACGGGGGCAGGACCAUGGCACUGCCCUCGCCUGCUCUCGAGAAAGGCGCCCAGCCCCUGGGGGGCGUCCGAACACUCCUCCGGCGGGCCGGCUCCCUGGAGAGGCGCUCUGGCCGGCCCCUGGGGAGCCCGGCCCGGGGACCCCCUACCCCCACGGCCCCAGCGAAGGCUCCACAUCAGGACGGCGGGGGUGGGGCAGAGCCCAGUCCCCCGGACCCCACGGCACCGUCGCCCCAGCAGCCCCCUGCCCACCAGGGUGACAGCAGGCCGCUGCCCGAGGGGCCCAGCCGACCGCCCUCGACAGCCACGUGUCCCGUGAAGGUGCCAGCAGCUCACACCACCCAAGUCCCCUUCCUCAAGCCUCAGAGAAGGACGUCCAGUCAAUACGUGGCCUCGGCCAUCGCCAAGCGGAUGGGGACCCCACGGGCCCAUGCUGACACAGUGAGGAGGCGUGACGACACGGAGAAGACCUGGGCAGACGGGGGGCUGGAGCUGAGAGGGUGGCCUCGUGCCACAGGAGCGGACACCCCCCGCAGCCCAUGCCCAGAGCCGCAGGGACGCGAAGGGGAGGCCAGGUCGCCCUGCGGCCACCUGCCCUACACCAACGGGGAGGUGUCGGCAGGGGGGCAGGUCGGCAGCCCCCCCAGGAAGCCAUCUCCUCCGCCGGACUGUGCUGCCGGAACCGGAGGAGGCGCCCGUGUCCCUCUCGUCACGGCGGCCCAGAGGGACCGGGAUUCUGUGGGACCGAGCUAUGGUCCUGGCGGAACGGAGGGCGCGGGCAUCCCCAGGACCGGCUUGGCGCCGGACCCCAGACGCACCCCAGACGGCCCCGAGCGCCCACUCUCUGGCCCAGGAGGCGCUCAGGCUCCCGGCGGGCCCCUGGUGAACGGCUCCGGGUGGGUGCCCAGCCACGGCGAGCCUCCUCGCGCUCCCGGGACAGCUGGCCCGGACCGCCACGCCGCCCUCCAGCGGGGGGAGAGGCCCGAUGUGCCGUGCACGGACAUCGAGGACCCCGACAGCACGCCGCCCCCCACCGUCUUUGGGCCGAAGAAGAAGUUCAGGCCCGUGGUGCAGAGGCCAGCCCCCAAGGACACGUCCCUGCACAGCGCCCUCAUGGAGGCCAUCCACGCGGCGGGGGGCAAGGACAGGCUGCGCAAGACGGCGGAGCCCAGCGCAGAGGGAGGGCCCAGAAAGCCGUCCCACGUGGAGGCAGAGAGCGAGCACUCGGCCCUGCUGGCCGCCAUCCGGGGCCACCGCGGCGCCUGCAGCCUGCGCAAGGUGGCGUCCUGUGCCUCUGAGGAGCUCCGGAGCUUCCGUGAGGCCGCAAGCUCUGCGAGUGGGUCGGAAGCCUCGAGGCUGGAGGACCUGGCCAGCCGGCCCCCCGCUGCACUGCCGCCCCCACCUCCUCCAGCCACCCCAGCUCCCCCAGCAUCCAGGACGGCAACCAGGUCCAGCUCCAGUCCCCUCAGCAGCCCCGGGGACGCCAGGCAGGCCUUGAUGGACGCCAUCCGCUCCGGCACAGGGGCGGCCAGGCUGAGAAAGGUGCCCUUGCUCGUGUGACCGGCCGGGAGGACGACGGGACCGUGACAGGACCGCCCCUGCCGGACGCACACCGCCCCGGCUCCGGGAUGCCACGCAGCUGGAGCACCAGGACGUGGCGCGCUCCCUGCCCGCGGCCAGACCCCACCGCUGGUUUCCGGUCCCGCCCACGGUUCAGGGGGAGGCGCACGCGCUCGCUGCCCCGGCUGCGCGGCUCAUGUGCCAAGGAAACGUGUUAUUCUGCCUCUGUUUAAAGUUGCCAAUAAACGGUCCUCGUUGGCAGGCUGCUGGGAGUGCGGAGACUGGGGCCCGACAGACAGGACACUGGUGACCUUGCAGGGCCUCGGGCAAAUGACCAGGCCUCAGGCCUGCUGGGGGCCGCUGAGGCUCUGUCCAUGCGCCGCCGGGGGGCCAGCCCCACCCAGGU